AUGUCGGAUCUCGACCGCCAAUUCGAUCACCUCUCGCUUCAGACGGGUCAAGCAGGUGUAGUAGGUGCCAACGUUUCCCAUUCCGGCUCAGCCUAUCCAGCAUCGCCCUCAGCUGCACCAGCUUCGCCUUAUCGCAGCCUACACUCUUCAGCUCAGCAGGGUUACGCCCCGACGAGCGGCUUUGCCGGUGCCGUCAAUCCCAACGAGCCUCAGAGCGCAUCCGCUAGGUUCGAGCGCUUCUUUGCUAAUGCAGGUCCUGAAGGAGCUUUUCCAGCCACGAACAGCACAAGCCCACAAGCCGGACCAGGCUCUGGCUUCUCCAAUACCGGCGGCGCUUUUGGCGCAUUUGGUCACUCUCUUUCGGGCGGAGGCGCAGGAGGGAGCGGCCGAUUCGGUUCUCAAAAUGCUGGCAGGGGCUCCACUGGAAGAAGCGGACUCCCCGCGCAGUGGUCCUCACCUGACCCAGCGCUCAACGCAACAGCCGGCGUGCCCCUCACGCCUCAGUCUGGCGGAAGCGCUUUCUUGAAUUCCGCACCAGGCUUCAACAUAGAGGAGGAUAUCAUACCGACUGCUAUCGUCGUCAAGAACAUCCCAUUUAGCGUACCCAAAGAGCAGCUCCUUCAAAUCAUUGAAGACCUGGCCAUCCCCAUGCCUUAUGCCUUCAAUUACCAUUUCGACGGGGGCAUGUUCCGAGGUCUGGCGUUUGCCAAUUUUCGCUCUGGAGAAGAGGCGGAUGCGGUCGUGGCUGCUCUAAACGGAUUCGACGUGCAAGGUCGCAAGCUGCGGGUAGAAUACAAAAAGGUGCUGCAGGCUGGCGAAAAGGAAAGAAUCGAAAAGGAAAAGGCAAUCAAGCGGAUGCAGUCGAUGCAAUUGGAAAAAGAGCGAACUCGUCACAGGGACGAGUGGGAAGCCUCUCAACACGGCUUGCCCGGAUUGCCAGCGCAAGGCUUUGAAUCGUACGCAGGCGCACCAUCCGGCAUCUCGGGUCUGCCCCAGCCAUCUUCUGGUUCCAUCGGUCGCAGCACACACCUCAGCGGUGCCGGCUCGAAUUUGACUAGCCCAACAACGGAAGCACAUCCGCCAACAUCUGCUGGCGGUGCUGGCCAGGUCUCGCCGCUUCCACUCACUGCAGAUAGCUUGCGAGGAAUACCCUCUGCAGGACUGGGUGCCGACACCGGCGCUUUGGCACCUUCGGAACGCAGUGGCGGCGCUAGUGCGCGAACCAAGGAGGAGCUAGAUUUAAAUGAUCCAGCAACACUCGAGAUAUACUCGCGCGUCCUCCUAUUCAAAGACGACCGGAUGCGAGACGAACUCAGCUUUUCUCGAAACUUGAGCCCUUCGGAACGCAGGACUGUGCACCUGGUCGCGCAAAGGCUUGGCCUGUACCAUUACAGCAUGGGCGAAGGCGAGGAGCGAUACGUGAUUGUCACCAAGAACGAGGUAGCGCAGGGUCAUAGGCCACUGCGAUCCCAGGCUUCAACCAUCGGUCGCACGCACAGAGGUGGGCUCGGAGCUCCCGCGGGUGGGUUUGGCGAUGCGUCUGGAUUGCUCUCGCCCAGCGGUGCCGCUACGACUGGACGUGCAGCUGCCCUCCGAGCAAAGAAGUCUGCUCCAGAUAUGAAGCGCUUGCGUGAUCCGGAGAACGGAAGUGGCUACGGAGGCAUCGGUGGUGGAUACGGCCAAGGUGCAGGUCUAGCACCGCCUGGGGUUGGGGCGCUCGCUCGCAAGAGCAAUGGAAAUUUGAGAGAGGGAUACGCAGCCACCAUGGGCCGCUCACCUCGUUCGAACCAUUCGAAUCAAGUAGGCACGAUUGGCAGCGGUACGGGUGGAGCAGCAGGUCUCGCGAAUCUUUUCAAUUCUCCGUUCGACGUUCCACCUGUUCCUAGCCUUCCCGCCACUUCUUCGGGAGGUUAUCACGGCAGCGGCCAUGCUUCUUCACCCUCUGGAGGAUUUGGCGGAAGCAUUCGUCAACCUCGAGGCCCGCCUACACCGGGCUCUCACGAAGCCAAAAACUUCGCACCCCGCGCAAGAGUCACGCUGGGAGCGAGCUCCGGUGCACAGGUCGCUGCGGCAGCUGCAGCAGCAGAGGCGGAUGCUGCCUAUUUGCCCACCAUCACCCACUCCGCGGAGGACUAUGGAACGCAUGCAGGCUUGAGCAGGGAUGAUGUUCAGUCGCACGAGCCGCUCGAGAUUUGA